CAUAAACAUAAACACGACCGGACAUAAACAUAAACACAGUGAAUUGUCUGAUUGUCAUGUUUUGUUUCCGAACAAAAAAUUAUAUCUCAAUAAUCUGCAUUCAUAACCUAUAAAUUCUUGCAAGGACGGCAAGGACACUGUUAUUAUAUUCUUAUCUUAUAUAUAAAAUAUAAAUGAUAUAAAUAAAAAAUUAACAUAAAUGAUAUAAAAAAACCAAAAUAAUUUCAAUAAGAAAACAACAAAAAUGGAAUUCAAGUUUGUAAAAUCAAUUGACUGUCAACAAGGAGCUGUUCGAGCCGUGAGAUUUAGUGUUGAUGGUGCAUAUUGUCUCACUUGUGGAUCGAAUAGAAGAGUAAAACUCUGGAAUCCUUACACUGGAUCUCUAUUGAAAACUUAUAGCGGUCACGGGGAUGAAGUUAUGGAUGCACAAUCGUCUUGCGACAGUGGUCAAAUUGUUUCCGGUGGUUUAGAUAAAUCGGUAAUUCUCUGGGAUGUUGCGACAGGAACACCCACACGUAGGUAUCGAGGACACGUUGCACCGGUGACAGCUGUAAGAUACAAUGAGGAAUCAUCAAUGGUUGUCUCUGGUUCUCGAGAUAAUUCAGUAAUGUGUUGGGAUGUUCGUUCGAGAGCUCAAGAUCCCGCUCAAACUCUCAGCGAUGCAAAGGAUUCAAUUUCCAGUGUUAAAGUUUCUGAUCAUGAAAUUUUAUCCUCAUCUUUCGACUGUAAAAUUCGCCGAUAUGAUUUGAGGAAUGGUGAACUUCUCACAGACUUUAUCGGAGAAAUUGUUACGUGUGCGAGUUUCAGUAGAGACGGUCAAUGCAUUUUAGUGAGUUGUGCCGAUGGAGUUGUGAGAUUAAUGGACAAGGAAACGGGUGAACUUCUUGGUGAAUAUUCGGGUAUACCUCGAAACGAUUUAUGCCUCGAGUCAAGUGUCGAUUAUCACGACAUGAAAAUUAUUUCCGGCUCAACCGAUGGACAUCUUUAUGUUUGGGAAUUAGUUUCACAAAAAUUAUUAACAAAAUUAUCGCCCGAUAAACAAUUAAGGCAUCCAACAGUGUCAAUUAGCGUUCAUCCGCAAAAAAAUUGCAUCCUCGCAUCUAAUGGAAUGAAUAUUUUCAUGUGGGAAAACGAGAAAACCGACUCCGAAUAAAAGUAAGAAGACAAUUCGUAAAUAAAUUUUUCAAUAGAAUCAGAA